AUGGAAAACAUGUCAGAGGAAACCCACGGCGAAAUGACGGAUCCACAGCACGUCCACCUAAGGUAAGGAGAAAAAAAACGGUUCAAGGGGUCCCUGUGUGAAGGUGUUUCUAUAAAACCGCGCCUCAACCUUUUUCUUUCUGCUCCUUUUCAUUCACAUGAAAAUUUUUCCUUGUUUGUAUUGAAUGUGUCAUAUACUAACAGACUGAAAUAAAGUAUGUACACAGCGCCCUAACUUUAUUGAAAUGAAGUCAUGUGUUUGGAGGUUAAGGCUCUGUUUGUGUAGAUACCAACAGUUUGGGUCGGGUCAGAACUGCUGACAUUCAUACAGCUCAUUCAGACGACUCAGAGAAUGAGAGUAUUUGGAAUUUUCCAAUAUUUAUCAUGUCUCAGAUUUGUGCACAUCAGUUUGUGAAUGACAGAUAUUGUACAGAAAGACUUAGCUUUCAGACCCUUUACAACAAGAUCUUCAGUGCUUCUCAUCUUUUUCUUUUAGCUUCCCAUCUGAAAGCUCUGUGGAGGAAAUGGCUCAAGACAGACCAGAUCAAGAUGAGACAGAGAAAACGGAGAUUGAUAACAGCAUCAUACAGAGACUUCAAGACAGACCAGAUCAAGAUGAGACAGAGAAAAAGGAGAUUGAUAACCGAAUCAUACAGAGACUUCAAUCUGGCUGGAUAGGCACUCUUCAUGUCGUUUUCCUGGUGCUGCUUUUAGUCCUAAUCACUGUCAUUGUUGGCCUGAGCAUCAAUGUUAAGCAGUUACAGAAAGAAAGGAGUCAGCUGAGACAGCUUCUAGAAUCAACACACAUGGGACUGAACCACACCAUGGAAGUAAAUCAAAAAGUGAGCCAGAGUCUGAACUUCACCGUGGAAGAAAAUCAAAAACUGAGGCUGAGUCUGAACUACACCAUGGAAGAGAAUCUGAACCUGAGCCUGAGUCUGAACAACACCAUGGAAGAAAAUCAGAAAUUGAGCAGAAGACUAAACUACACCAUGGAAGAUAAUCAGAAAUUGAGCCUGAGUCUGAACUACACCAUGGAAGAUAAUCUGAAACUGAGCCGAAGACUCAACCACACCAAGGAAGAAAAUCAAAAACUGAGCCUGAGUCUGAGCUACUCCAUGGAAGAAAAUCAGAGACUGAGCCGAAGACUAAACCACACCAUGGAAGUAAAUCAAAAAGUGAGCCAGAGUCUGAACUUCACCGUGGAAGAAAAUCAAAAACUGAGGCUGAGUCUGAACUACACCAUGGAGGAGAAUCUGAACCUGAGCCAGAGUCUGAACAACACCAUGGAAGAAAAUCAGAAAUUGAGCAGAAGACUAAACUACACCAUGGAAGAGAAUCUGAAUCUGAGCCAAAGAUUAAACCACACCAAGGAAGAAAAUCAAAAACUGAGGCUGAGUCUGAACUACACCAUGGAGGAGAAUCUGAACCUGAGCCAGAGUCUGAACAACACCAUGGAAGAAAAUCAAAAACUGAGGCUGAGUCUGAGCUACUCCAUGGAAGAAAAUCAGAGACUGAGCCGAAGACUUAACCACACCAUGGCAGAAAAGUCACAGCUUCAAGUGCAGAUUGAGGAGAUGAAAAUCAUAUUGAAUUCUACUAUGGAAAACCGUGACUCUUUCAGAAAAGACAAAAUCAAAUAUCAACAGCUUUUGAUCAAUGAAAGGCAGACCUCAACUCAACUAAAAGCUGAAAAUCAACGUCAACAAUCAAUUCUGAUGUCGGAGAAACUAUCUUUCCUCUGGAGAUUCUGUGAUAAAGGCACCCUGCAAUGUUCACGCUGCCUUCCUGGUUGGGCUGAGCACGCCACACGCUGCUUCCAUUUGGCAUCACAACCAAUGAAGUGGGAAGAUGCUCGUAGGGAGUGUUUUAAUGAAGGUGCUGACCUGGCUGUUGUCUUGAAUGCUGCAGACCAGGCAUUUCUGACCAACAUGACUUUCCAGUUUACACAGCAGCAUCCAAAUGUACUGUUCCAUUCAGCAUGGAUCGGGUUGCAGGACAUGGUGCAGGAUAACAGAUUUGUGUGGGUAAAUGGUAUCAAGUCCAAGUCAGAUUUGAAGUUCUGGAUGCCUGGAGAGCCAAACAAUGCUGCGGCUCAAUGGGACAAAGACCGUGCAGGACAGGACUGUGUUGUCAUUGUCCCUCCAAAGACUGUUGGACAGAAAGGCUGGCUGAACUCCUGGGAUGAUGUUGUCUGUCGAGGCCAGCGGCACUACAUUUGUGAAACCAAAGCUCUUAUUUUGUCUGGAGUAAAAACUGAGGAAUGA